GACGUUCCUAGGCUUGAGCUCCGUCUUUUCACCCUUUACACCCCUGGCGGGCCAUCCUCUCUACCAGUAUGCAGCUGACGUUCUCGCCUGCGCUUGGGGAGCAAACGUUCCUCAAGGCUGCUCCCUUGGCUUCCGGGAGGUCUGCAGCGCCCCAGUCCAUCCUGUUCAGAGCGACUUUCGAUAGUCGCGAGUCUUUCCUCAAGGCGCAGGCGGACGGGGUCCGAGUCGAGCUUUGGUCGGAUGUGCCUGCCGAGGGUCGGUCGCGGGGCCAAUGGGGCGCGUCGCAAUUCAAGACCCUGGAGCCCGGAAAUGCACAGGCUGAGGAGACACCGACGUUCCUGCCUAGGGCCGCAGAGGAGGAGGAUCUACCGGAGAACACACUCUUCGUUCACCUUCGCGUUCCACUCGGCAACUACAUCGAUGCACGCUUCUGGUUCACCUACAGGCUCGUUCAUCCUUCGGGCGAGAUCCAGUGGCUGGGUGAGUUCGGGCGGAAUGGUGAGCUGGUGGUCGAGAAAGGACUGCCUGGGGUCGACUUGCGCGAAGGCUGGAAUAUCGCUGAAGAUGGUACAUAUCGUACGCACGCGUUCCCAGGCGAGCGUGUCCUAGGACAUUUGACGGAUCCGGAGGCUUGGGUAUGCUGGUCGUGGAGCCCGUCUAGUCUGCCAACCUUCACUCACGUCCGUGAUGGAUGCGAAGGUCUCGCGAUGGUGCUGUCGCCACAGUCCUAUGCGCGUGAGCCGAGUGUCCCGAGGCCCCUGGUAUUCGUGGCAAGCCAUUCCACCACCCUCAAAAUCACCGAGCAAGGAAAAAUCAUCCUACACUCAUCCAGCCCCUUUGCGCGGGUAUCGUUCAGCGUGCUGGAGCAUUCAAGGGAUCUACUGAAGGGUGUUGCCGCACUAUGCAAUGGGGAUGUCUCCGCGUUCGAUGACGACUCGGCCGUGAUUGCCUGUCGUCCUCCUGACGCCGAGCUGCCCCUUCAUCUUAUCGUUCUCCCGAUGUCCGACAAGCUCGGCGAACACUCUGUCAUGUCGCUCCGAUCCCGCGACUUACCCAAGGAGACAGCGGAGUGGGACGGCCUGGUACUAUCGUCCGCCGACCUGCGCUCUGUACAAAUUGUACACGGAUCCCUCGCCAGGAAGGACCACCUUGCUUUGCUUGGGUCGUCCGGCUGCGAGCUCAUCGUCGCUCCGAUUCACAAUGUUCCUGUCAACGGUCACGUCGCGCAUGUUGCUUUGCUCACACCCUAUAAAGACGCCGCCGUCAGGGUCGAUGGGCCGGUCGCUCACACACUCCCGACGCCUCCGCCCUCUCCACCGCUUUCUGACACACCCACGCCUGUUGGGGAAGCAUCUCAAUCCAAAACUCCGUCUCCGGUACCCCCUGCCUCCCCGCGUGUCUCCCAAGGAAGGCGUAACGAGGCCGCUCGACGGCGCCGUCCGUCGUCCUCGGCACUCAUCCCCUAUCAGUCUCCCCAUCUCAUCCGCCGGUACCUGCACAUGAUUAUCAACGUUGUGUUCUGGUUUUGGAGCAUGUUCGUGAGGUCACUCGCCGUUCGCCUCGUGGGAGAGUCUACUACGCGACGUAUAUCCGGCCUCAUCGGGCUAGCGCUACUGAAAACGGCGCCUCCGGCCACCCCGAAGUCGUCUCCUGGUGAGAGGUUGGAAGACCGUGCUCCCACUAGCAAUAAACCACACGUGGAUGCUGUCGACUCAGGCGACGCUACCUCUGAGGAGAAGCUGGCCGAAACGGAUGUAUCCGCUGUUGCUGCUCCUGCACCACAGUACGCUGCGGAUGUUCCUCGCGAUGUUCGCGUCGAUUCGCCCCCACACGGUGUUCUCUCUGUCACCCUCUCUCCCCAGCGCUCCGAAGGGUCCAUCGUACUCCUUCAAGCGACUGAUACCUUCAAGGAGCUCCGCGCCACGGUGGACGGGGAGACCGUCUCGCCGACGCCGGCGGGCGCGUGGAGCGACGGGACUCGGCUCUUCGCGUUUGCGGGAUUGGAAACGGGCGGCCAGCUCGAUCUCGUCCUGGAGUCGUGAGGUAAUUGCACAUACUAUCCGUGGUUCGUCUCCUGAUGGCUGCGGACUCUGCCCAUUGCUUUGUAUUCGUAUCGGCGGCGCCGACUCGGAGUGCGCUUGUUGUUCCACAUCUGCAUCGACUACUGUUUUGUUCUGUCCUGUUUUGUCUGUAUCGCCUGUACCCAUCAUCCCUGUCUCAUGUACACGACUGCAUGUAUGUCACGACCAGAUCUGAGUAUCGCAAUGACCGUUGAAUGACCAGCAUAAA